AUUUCCAUUCUGAUCAGUGGACAAGGAGACUAACCAGCCAAAAAUGGCUGAUGUAACCAAGACAGAAGAACAGGAAGUAGAGAAGAGUUCGGUUGAAGAAGUGGUAAAAACACCUGGUACUUCAGAGUCAGAUUUGGGUCUUGGGUGUGGGGGUGAAGGUGACAGUUCCACCUCAGGUACAGUGCAGCCCAUUGCAAAUGAGAAAGAAGUUGGUCAUGGUGAUCACGAUGGUAGAGCAAAGAGGAAGAAUUUAGAUUCUGUAGAUGAACCUCCGAAGAAAAUAUCUGAGAUAGGCCACGGGCAAGCUGUAGCUGCACAUUAUAAUGAACUUCAAGAAGUUGGAUUGGAAAAACGUAGCCAGUCUCGCAUAUUCUACCUCCGAAACUUUAAUAAUUGGACGAAGAGUGUCCUCAUUGGUGAAUUUAUAGACCGGGUACGACAGAAAAAGAAUGAUAUAACUGUUCUGGAUCUAGGAUGUGGCAAAGGUGGAGACUUACUGAAAUGGAAAAAAGGCAGAAUUAAAAAACUCGUCUGUACUGAUAUUGCUGACAUUUCUGUGCAGCAGUGCAAGCACCGAUAUGAAGAAAUGAAAGCCCGGUGUCGAUAUAAUGAACACAUUUUUGAUGCAGAAUUCAUACAAGCAGAUAGUACCAAGGAUCUCUUGUCUUCCAAAUAUAAUGAUCCAGGUAUGCGCUUUGACAUUUGCAGCUGUCAAUUUGUUUACCAUUACUCAUUUGAGACAUAUGAGCAGGCUGACAUGAUGCUUAAAAAUGCUUGUGGGAACCUCUCUCCUGGAGGUUAUUUCAUUGGCACAACUCCAAAUAGCUUUGAACUUGUAAAGAGACUUGAAGCUUCAGAAACAAAUUCAUUUGGGAAUGAUGUGUACAAUGUAAAAUUUGAAAAGAAAGGAGACUAUCCUUUAUUUGGCUGCAAGUAUGAUUUCCACUUGGAAGAAGUGGUUGAUGUCCCUGAGUUCUUGGUUUACUUUCCAUUACUGGAAGAAAUGGCGAAGAAGCAUGGUAUGAAAUUAGUCUAUAAAAUGACAUUUCGGGAAUUCUAUGAAGAAAAAAUCAAGAACGAGGAGCAUAAAAUGCUGUUAAGGAGAAUGCAGGCCUUGGAGCCAUAUUCUACAUCUGGUGAUUCCAGACUUGUUUCUGAUAAACCUGAUGAUUAUGACCAUGCAAAAGAGUUCAUGAAAGAUGGCAAGGCAAAGUUACCAUUGGGAACCUUGAGUAAAUCUGAAUGGGAAGCAACAAGUAUUUACUUGGUAUUUGCAUUUGAGAAGCAGCUGUGAAACUUCACAUACUGGAUGCAGCAAGAAGAGAUCAUAUCCAUGUGCAAGUUGGAAUGGUCAGAAAUCCAUUGUGGCAACUAUUUUUUUAUUUUUUAUUUUUUAAUUAUCAGAAGUGUGCAGGACACUACCAAAAACUAGAGCAGCUCGUGAUUCAGAGUUACAUUGCCUGUCUGUGACAGAUGGACUUGUGUGUGUAUAUAUAAGAAAGAUUCUGAACUAGUCUUUUUAAGCAUUUGUAAGCAAUCUGCAUGCUCUCAAAACUUGUGUUUGAACUGACACAACUUUAUGUUAGACACAAAUGUUUUGUUAGUAGACGUAUGUUUGUGAUUACAAGCCUGACCCUGCACUUUCUGAAGUUGAUGGAAAGAAGAGUGUUGACUUUGAUGGUGCAGAAUGAGGGCCUAAAUACUGUACUGCAGAGCUCAGUUAAUUCAUAAUGAGAUUUAUUCAGACAUAGAGGGUAUGUCUACAUUGCAUGCAGAGCAAAAAAUACCUUAGUCAGUUUGAGUACCUCCGUGCUGUGCUCGAGCCUGCAGUGUAAAUCUACCUUAGUGGUAUUCACGGUGUAGUUUACAUGGUAAAAUCACAUGAUGUUCUUGUUUUUCCUGCUUGCUGAUACUUAGUGUCACUUCAUGGUGCUUUCAUGAUUAAACGAGUUUGUUCUGUACAAAACUGCUCUGAAAUUACUCAAUUUCUAAUGUUUUAAGUCUCUGCUUCGUUUUUCCAAAUAUGACUGUGUGGUAAUUGGUAACAGCUGCUGAACUUAAAUUACUUUAAAUUACAACAUUUUCUAUUGUAUUAAAGACUCUCCUGACUUUUUGGUAGUUUUAAUGUUUCUUGAAACUUACUAGGCAGAUCUUAGGAUACAUUUCUUUCUUGUUUCAUAAAAUUCCAAGUGGGCUUGGCAAUAGGAUGUUGGUAGUGAUGCCUCCUUAAGGCAUUAGAAACGUGAUCAUGUCGUGGAUCAUGAACCAGAAGGGGAGCCUGUGGAACAUUUGAGGAUAACAGCAGUUCACUCUGGAAGGGAGGGCUGUGUAUGUGUGUACACACCCUGGUACAUGUGGGUAACAAUCCCCAGUUAUGCUUGUUAGUCUCAAAGCUGGAUUAGGGAUUUCUGGGGCAGUGUUUGCUCGGCUUUCCAGUGCUUGUAGCCACCAGUUACUGAGAAGGCCUGAAUACUUCAUGUUUUUUCUCUCUGUUUUUGGUCUAACAGUAGCUGAUGGCUGCUGUUAGCUACUAUAGUUUAUGUAGAGAUGAAAUGAUGAAAUUCUGAUGGUACAUGAGUAUUUUGAAAAGUUAUAAUAAACCUAGAAAAGAACAAUUCCAUUAGAGUUAAGUAUUCAAAUUGAGUUUGUAGUUGUAUUGCCUUCUCCCUGUAAUUUGGUUAUGUUCUUUCCUCCAUGACUCAUUUUUUUAAUUAUAUAGAAGAACAUGUAUAACCUUCACUUCAGUGAAGCAGUAGAAUUGGUUCUGCUGCUGAAAUUAAGAAAACAAGACUUCCUUGUCUGCUAGAAUUAGUACUCAUGAAACUAGCUGAAAAAUGCUGACUUUAGAAGUGCUGAAAUGUUUCCUUGAAAACUGUGGCGUCAAAACUAGUUUUGUUAGAUUUCUUGUAUCAAAUUCCAUUUGAAAGUACAUUGUUAUGCUAUUUUUGGAAGAAAUAAGAAUAAUAAAAAGAAAGGGAAUACA